CACAGAUUCAACUUUCUUGCCUUUAUACAAUUGGAGUGAAAUUAAGCAGAGAACUGUUUUGGAAAACAGUAGGCCGAUUACACAUUAAGCAACGAUAUGGAUAAAAACUAUACGUUCGAGUUUGAAGGUGACGGCGGUAACAAUAACAGCCACAAUAUUUUAAGCGCCAUCAUUCUUGCUGCUGGAUUCAUAGCAAAUUUGGUGGCUGUUGUUUUUCUGUACAAACACUUACAGAAGCACAAAGAAGCGAAUCACAUAAUUCUUUUAUUUACAUUAAUCAUGGUUGACUUCAUAUGUAUUGCCCUUUACAUACUUCGUAGGAUUUUGCGAAACUUUGUGUCAUGUAAUUUGUUUGGAUUCACAAAUUACUUAUUUCCGCUAGCAUCAGGGUCUAUGUCUUCACUGAUGUGUUUCGAGCGAUGCAUCUCUCUUUCGAUGCCGUACCGUUACGGUAACUACUUUCAGCCCAAGAAAACUAAAUUUUAUGCUGUAGCCAUAUUAGGUUUGAUGGUGUGUGUCAGUGCGCUACCAUUCGUCGGAGUUGGUAGCUAUGAUAAAAUAUUUUUUGGACCUGUAAGUUUCUGCAAAAACUUCUAUAUUCCAAGUGAUCCUGCCAUUUACAAUGUUCAUUUUGCCCUAUAUAGUUUGUGUGGUUGGUCAAUCGUUGUCAUCGGCGCCGUUUCUAACAUUAGAGUGGUUUACGCGAUUUACGCUAUGACAAAAAUGCACGCAGCAGUAAAUCUGAACCAAGCACCACAACUCAGAAACAAAGAAAUAAAGAGGCAAACCAACAUCGCUAAAACUGUGAUUGCGAUUUUCACUGGAUUCACAAUAUGCUGGGUUCCUUGGCUUGUGGUGUUGAUAAUUCUGAGAGCCGGAAAACUUGUCAACAAUGAUAUUAUCAUUGUGACAUCGCAAAUGCUUUUGGCGAACCAUUUAGUUGAUCCGAUUUCUUGGGUCUUGACCAGUCCAGGAAUAUAUAAGGUCAUAAGUACCAAGUUGCGUGUACUCUUACCCUGCUUUCAAAGGUCUUCAGUGUCUGUUGGUCCAUUCGAGACGACUAAUACACAAAUAGCAAUAUGAUCAAAUAUAACCAUCACAUUUGAUAUAAAUU